GCUCCAAGUAGUCACAGCUACCCAAAACAAAAAACCAACAAAAAUCAACAUGAAAUACUUCGCCGUCUGCUUCUUCGCUGUCGUGGCUGUGGCUGCUGCCAAGCCCGGUAUUGUGGCUCCUCUGGCGUACACUGCUCCGGCUGUGGUGGGCAGUGCCGCUUAUGUUGCUCCUUAUGCCUCUAGCUACACCGCCAACACCGUGGCCCACAGCGCCGCCUUCCCAGCUGCCUACACUGCCGCCGCUUACACCGCCCCCAUUGCCACCGCUGCCACUGCUCCAGUGGCUGCUGCUUAUACCGCUCCCAUUGCUGCUCCUGCUGCUUACACCGCCGCCUACACUGCUCCGUUCGCUGCUCCUUAUGCUGCCGCAUACACUGCCCCCAUUGCACGUUACGCAGCCGCCCCGUUGGCCGCCCCGUUGGCCGCCCCAAUUGCCGCUCCGGUGGCAGCAGCUUAUACUGCCCCCAUUGCCGCCGCCGCUGCCCCCGUUCUGCUGAAGAAGUAA